AUAGCAGGGUUUUUAGUGAUACCUUCCGAGGUCCGCCGACCCGCCGCCGAGGUUUUCUAAACCUGGGAAGUUUAAGAAGCAAAAGCACGGACCCAACUUUAAACGGAUUAGGGAGCAAACUAAAUAUACAGUACGAAUAACGUUCAUAAAAGUUUGAUCGCACGGACUUAUAGUCAUCGUCAUUACACAACUCAGUCAAUAUCAAAAUCUCGUCGCCGAAGCCGUAUUGAUAUAUCAAGCUUCCUACUUAAAAAUUUAUGGUCGGCCUCAUUAUACCGGGCCAGGCAUUUCAAAAUGCGCAACCUUCGCAAUAUUCGAUACAAUGCCUGGAAAUCAUCAACCGACUUAAACGAAGAGGCCAUUACAUCGACGUGCUGGGACCCCGCCAAAGAUGAAGUUCUAUGUACUUUCGGCCCAAGUGAACAAGAUGGGCGCAUUCGUCUUGUGAGGAUUAUAGAACAUGUUAGGGCCUCCUCUAUAGACAUUGAAUGCCAGGAUGUUGCGUCAUGGGAUGCACCAAGCCCAAAUCCAGAUCUAGCCGUGGACAGGAUUAUAAACUCGCAUCACUUUAGUGAUACUCUCACAACAUGCCUAGUACUCGAAGGUGGCGACAUUGUUGUCGUCCAAGAAUCCGAGGGCAUAAAUCCCCAAGAUGGAGUCCAUAUUGAAAUUAUGGGUUCUAUAGACGAGGGCAUUACAGCUGCAAGCUGGUCCCCUGACGAAGAGCUACUAGCUAUCACCACCAAGGCGAAUACGGCAGUCUUCAUGAGUCGCGGUUUUGACGGUAUAACCGACAUGACCAUGACUGCCGACGAUCUCAAGGAAUCCAAGCAUGUUUCUGUCGGCUGGGGUAAAAAGGAGACACAAUUCCAAGGCAGGGGCGCUAAAGCUCUACGAGAUCCUACUAUACCUGAAAAAGUAGACCAAGGAGUGCUUAGCCCCAACGACGAUGGAAGUACAAUAAUUAGUUGGAGAGGCGACGGCGCCUUCGUCGCAAUUAACUCCAUCGAAUCAGGUAUCCGUCGAGUUAUUCGAGUGUAUUCUCGAGACGGAGUGCUUGAUAGCGUAAGUGAACCAGUUGAUGGCAUGGGGAGCGCAUUGACUUGGCGACCAGUCGGAAAUUUAAUGGCGGGUACACAACGCCUUGAGGACCGCGUAGAUGUCAUUUUCUUCGAAAGAAACGGUCUGAGACAUGGCCAGUUCUCUCUGAGAGCCCCUGAAAAUAGGUCUCUCGUGGAUGAUAGGAUACGACUAGAGUGGAACUCAGACUCUACAGUCCUCGCCGUAACUCUUAAUGAUCGAAUCCAAUUAUGGGCUAUGGGUAAUUACCACUGGUACCUAAAACAAGAAAUUUUUACACAUCGACAACCGCUUCACCUUACUUGGCAUCCUGAAAAAUCGCUACGCUUCACAUCAGCCAUUUCAGGGAAACUACUACUUGCAGAUUAUAUCUUCGAAGUGACUCGAGGAUCGCUCACACCACCAUAUGAUCAUGGUGCCGUUGCCGUUAUUGAUGGCAAGACCCUUAAACUCACCCCUUUUCGAACCGCCAAUGUCCCCCCACCAAUGGCAUUGUUCGAAAUUCAAACAUCAUCGCCGAUUAUUGACGUAGCUUUCUCGCCAGCAAACACAUUUAUGGUGGUUCUCCAUCAACUUGGUAUAGAUGCGUACCAAUGGAACGUCAAGGGACAGCGUUCCAUAACUCCGUCCCUAGUAGGCAAUGUGACGUUCUCCAAGGAUAUCCCAGAGGGUGAACAUGUUGCCCUGCAAAUUGCCGUUACUGAGAACAGUGUUGUUCAUUGCCUAGGGUUUGAGAAGGGACCUUCAAUCCAGUCUCACCAAUUCGAUCAAGCUACCGGAGAAUUCUCAUCCAAUCCGAGCAUAUACGCUGGUUCAAUGUUUGGCUUCGCACGCUUAACCCAAGCAGGCUCUAGUGAUGUCCUGCUUCAGGAUUGCCUAGGCAGGCUUCAUGGUGUUGUGAACCAACAGGAUGAAUUAUACUCAAUAAGUCUCCCAUCUCAACUUCCAUGGUGCGAAGUUAUUGAUCUAGCCGGCAACGUUAUCGCCGUUGGAUUAUCUAGGAAUGGUCACUUAUAUGCCAAUUCUCGUCUCCUACUCAAGAAUUGCACAUCUUUCUUGGUCACACCGGCUCAUCUUAUCGUCACAACUACUAAUCAUCUAAUUAAGUUCAUCCAUUUAGUUGAUGUCGAUAAUCUUGAGGUGCCCCCGGAUGACCCCGAGAAAGAUGAGAGAUGUCGAAACAUUGAGAGGGGUGCACGGCUGGUGACCGCAAUGCCUACAAAUAUGAGCUUAAUACUCCAGAUGCCUCGAGGGAAUCUCGAGACAAUAUACCCCCGGGCCAUGGUUGUAGCGGGUAUAAGGCAACUUAUUGAUGCCAAGGACUACGGAAAAGCAUAUUCGUAUUGCCGGACUCAACGUGUGGAUAUGAAUAUCCUCUACGAUCAUAGACCGCAGCAAUUCCUCACAAAUGUUGGCCUUUUCCUCGAUCAGCUAAAUGAUGUCUCGUACAUUGAUCUUUUCCUCUCUUCUUUACGCGAUGAGGAUGUUACACAGACAAUGUACAGAGACACCAAAGGUAUAAGGAAUCAAGAAUCGCCAGAGAAUACUUCUGGGGAUGCUACUGUUGGUGUUGAUAGUUCUUCGAAAGUAAACACGAUUUGCGACGCAGUGCUUUCGCAUCUGCAGUCACGCAAAACUAAGGACCACAAUACUUUACAGAACAUUAUCACCGCAAAUGUGUGCAAAGCGCCACCAGCAUAUGAGGAUGGACUGCUAGUUGUUGCCGCCUUACUACAGGAGGAUGAACAACUUGCUGAGAAGGCUGUUGAACAUAUUUGCUUCCUCGCAGAUGUCAACACUUUAUACGAUGAAGCCUUGGGUCUCUAUCACUUAGACCUGGCGUUGCUAGUGGCACAGCAAUCGCAAAGGGAUCCCCGAGAAUAUCUUCCAUUUGUACAAAACCUACACCAACUCCCUGGACUAAGGCGUAAAUUUGUGAUCGAUGACCAUCUUGGUCGACAUGCGAAAGCCUUGGCUCACCUUCAGUCACUUCAAGCCCAUAAGGAAGCCCAAGACUUUACAGUCAAGCAUGCUCUCUUCGCCACAGCCUUGAAACUCUAUCGUUACGACCAACCUAACCUCACUACACUUACUGGUCUUUAUGCAACAUACCUUGAAUCCAAGUCGAAAUACCGAGAAGCAGGACUUACCCACGAAUCUCUCCACGACUAUGCAGCAGCAACCAGAUGCUACCGCGCAGCCGGCGCCUCCUGCUGGCGCGAAUGCCUCUUCACAGCCCAACAACACGACCCACCCUUAUCCCCCGACGCACUUACCGACCUAGCCACCACUCUCGCCGAAGCUCUCUACGAAGCCAAGGACUACGCAUCCGCAGCCACAGUCCACGCGGACCACCUAAACUCCCUCGAAAACGCCAUCCCCUGUCUCUGCAAAGGCUACCUAUUCGCCGACGCCAUGCGUCUAGCAUCCCAGCGCAAGCGUCCAGACCUGCUAACUUCAUCCGUGGACCCCGGUCUAGCAGACGCCUUAGGAAGCAGCACCGAAUUCUUCGCAGACUGCAAAGCCCAGCUCCGCGCCCAAGUCCCGCGUAUCCUCGAACUACGCCGCAAAGCCGCGGAAGACCCACUAGGCUUCUACGAGGGAGAGCGUGGAGGUGGGGGGGAUAUACCGGAUGAUGUAUCAGUUGCCGCGAGCUCGCGGAUUAGUACUGGUGCUAGUUUAUUCACGCGGUAUACGGGGAAGGGGGGUGGGAGUGUAGGGACCGUCGGAACGGGCGUUAGUCGUGCGACGAGCAAGAAUCGCAAGCGUGAGGAGAAGAAACGCGCGCGUGGCCGGAAGGGAACUGUUUAUGAGGAGGAGUAUCUUGUUAAUAGUGUGCGCCGCCUCGUCGAAAGAGUCGAGAGUACCAGGCCCGAUACUGAGAGACUGGUUUUUGGACUUACAAGAAGGGGUAUGCAUGAACGGGCGAGAGCGUUAGAGGUUUUGGCUGCGGAGGUCGUGGACGCGUAUAAGGUGGCGAUUAGAGAGGUUUUUCCUGCUGCUGCGGCGGCGGAGAAGGAGAGGAGAGCUGGGGAGGAAGCGGAUGAGGAGGAUUGGAGACCUAUGGGUGCGGAUGCGGUGCUUUAUGAGAACCUAGAAGCUGCGUGGCGGAAGCAGGAACCCCCUAUUAUAAAGGGGUUUGAGAGGUUGUCGUUGCUUGGUUCGUAGACCGUUAGGUGGAAAAAGUACAAAGGGUAGGUAGGGUUAGAUAAAAUUAGGGGAUUGCAUGCAAUGAAUGGAUGGAUUUAAGUCAAUGAUGAGUGCAAG